AUGCCUUUGUUAUCAUCCGAACCCAUUCGCGCCCGGUGUCUAGUUAAAUCCAAUUUGGUCUCGACCCGCUCGAACGUCGCCAACAACAGAAUGCCAAACAUCAAGGUGUUCAGCGGCACGUCCCACCCGGACUUAGCACAGCGGAUCGUUGACCGGUUGGGAAUCGACGUCGGCAAGGUGGUCACCAAGAAGUUUAGCAACCUCGAAACAUGUGUUGAAAUUGGAGAAUCAGUCAGAGGGGAAGAUGUGUAUAUUAUACAAAGUGGUAGUGGUGAGGUCAAUGAUAACUUGAUGGAACUAUUGAUCAUGAUAAAUGCUUGUAAAAUAGCAUCUGCUUCACGUGUUACUGCUGUCAUACCAUGUUUUCCAUAUGCUAGGCAAGAUAAAAAGGAUAAGAAUGGCGACAUCCCCGAGAAUGACAAUAAUAGAUCAAGGGCAACCGUCAAGUGCAAUGAAUGGAAGUUUCGGAGUAGAGCACCAAUAUCAGCUAAAUUAGUGGCCAACAUGCUGUCAGUAGCUGGUGCUGAUCAUAUAAUAACUAUGGACCUCCAUGCUUCUCAAAUACAAGGUUUCUUCGAUAUCCCUGUUGAUAAUUUAUUUGCUGAACCAGCUGUACUCAAGUGGAUAAAAGAAAACAUACCUGAGUGGAGAAACAGCAUUAUAGUGUCCCCAGAUGCUGGUGGUGCUAAAAGGGUCACAUCAAUUGCUGAUCGUCUAAAUGUUGAGUUUGCUCUUAUUCAUAAAGAGAGGAAGAAAGCUAACGAAGUGGCAUCAAUGGUUCUAGUGGGAGAUGUUAAAGAACGCAUUGCCAUCUUGGUUGAUGAUAUGGCAGACACUUGCGGCACAAUAUGUCAUGCUGCAGAAAAGUUAACUGAAGCAGGGGCUACUAAAGUGUAUGCAAUUUUAACUCAUGGUAUAUUCUCUGGACCUGCUAUAUCUCGUAUUAAUAAUGCAUGCUUUGAAGCUGUUGUAGUUACCAAUACCAUUCCACAAGAUGGCCAUAUGAAAGAAUGUCCUAAAAUUCGUUGUAUAGAUGUAUCAAUGAUGUUUGCUGAGGCUGUUCGGCGGACACACAAUGGCGAAUCCGUUUCUUAUUUAUUCUCAAAUGUGCCUUAUUGA